CGUGGCAGGCGGGCGAAGAGGGGAGUGCUUGGCGGACGGCGCGGCUGCUGCAUCCUCGCUGCUCCUCCGUGAACCGCGAGCGGCAUUUGGUCGCAUGGACGUCGCGCGCUGAGUGAAGGCUUCAGCAGCACGGCUGGUGUGAGCGAAGGGACGGGGACAGGCUCUCUGGACAGCCUCAGCACCUCGCGUCCCGCAGCCGGAGAGAAAUCCAAGCCUGUUUGGGCCGCAUUUUUUUUUUUUUUUUAACCUUUCAACUUUUCUGCUUUCUGUUUUUUGGCGCGAGCGGCGCGCGCGUCACACAGGUGGCAGCUGUUAGCUCAACGCCUGAUUAGCCGGUUCGUCGCCGUUGUAGCUUCAGGGCUCCUGAAGGCAUUGGACAGCAGCUUGAGGUCACAUGAUGGCUUUCCCUGUAAACCUGAUUGGCCCAUCUCCCUGGGGCUUCAGAAUAUCUGGUGGGCGGGACUUCAAGAAGGCCAUAACAGUUUCCAAGGUAAACUCUGGCAGUAAAGCUGAGAUGGCCUGUCUCCAACCCGGUGACAUCAUUAUGGAAAUAAAUGGAGAAAAUACUGCUGACAUGCUUAACGUGGAGGCGCAGAACAAAAUCAAGAGUUGCAAGACGCGUCUGCAGCUGCUAGUGGAGAGGCCAGCCCUGCCGAGCCCUGGACAGACCAACGGGAUUAAUCCCACUGAGCAGCUGGUGGGACGUUUCCAGGAGGCUGUGCAAGUGAGCCGAGAUGAGAACCAGAACUACAGAGAAUACUCUAUCUCCAGCCCAGCAUCACUCUCUCCAGGCCCAUACUCUCCAGACCCCCCCUCCAGCCCUGAUCAUAAAGGAGACAGGAUCACACCCACCAGCAACAAAAACCUGCAGCUCCGUUCCUGGUCCCCAGAAGAGAAAAACUCCAGUCAUAGACUGUCAAGACCACUUUCUCAGGAGUUUUCCUCAGUGGACUUCCGCAGCAACUCUGUGUCAAGUCGGACCCCGACCCCUCCUGGGCGGUACUCGCCACACAGCCCCUUUGAACGAGAGAUUUCAGUCUCCCCCCGCCGCAGCUCGGACUUCGGUAUGCAGCGGUUUGACAGGGACUCUGAGGUGUAUAAGAUGAUUCAGGAGAAUAAGGAGUCUCGUUCAGCCCCUCGACAGUCUAACACCUUUAAAAUGCUGCAGGAGGUGCUAGAGGCAGACGAGAAGGAGGCAGCACUGCGGUUUCCAGGAAAACUGUCACCAAGUCCACCCAAGCCCGUGUCUUCAGUUGCCGGGGUCCAGAAAUUCCACACUUGUGAAAAAUGUGGCACCAGCAUUGUCACCCAGGCAGUUCGGAUCAUAGACGAUCGUUUCCGUCACCCAGAGUGCUACACGUGCUCGGACUGCGGCCUCAACCUGAAGAUGCGCGGCCACUUCUGGGUGGGAAAUGAGAUGUUCUGUGAGAAACACGCCCGUGAGCGCUAUCAGGGACCAGGUGCCGGCUACCGCAAUCCCAUCUCCCCUCACCACUGAAAUAACACUUCUACCCCCUCCACACCCCCCAGCCCUCACUCCUACCUUUACUCCCUCCACAGCGAAAGGCAGGAGAGCACUGACUUCAAUCCAAAAGAAAAAGCAGAACCCCUAGCUUCCUCAUAUUGGCUCCCAGUGUGGUUGUUCCUUUCUCAAGUCACAGAGCAUCCUUUUCUGUAGCUGUGCCACAGCCUGCCAACUCUGGACUCUGGGACUGGACAAGGGAGGGCUGGGAGGUGUGGAGUGUUACAGGCUUCGUGCAAAGAAAGAAAAGUUCUAAUAUUCCCACAGCGUCAAAUAGUCUACUCUUUAAUUUCUGUCUUGCCUGCCAGUUCUUCACAUUGUAUUAGGCUUUGUUUUGUUUACAUAGUUUUUCACCUUGGAUUUAUAUCGUGUUUGUCGUGUCAGUUUUGACUGAAAUGUAAAGAGCCUCUGCCUUAAUGCCAGCCCCCAAUCAGCUUCACACAGUGAUGAUGUACACGGUUAUAUCCCAAGCAGUGGUGCACACGGGACUGGUCUCCUUUGUAUUUGUGUGUGUGUAGAGUCAAAAGCAGGGUGAGGGGACGUGGGUUUGAAUGAUUCCUGAGACAAGUUUAGAUCUGAUGCCUUGAUAAAAUGUAUUGCUAUUGAAAGUAUUUUGCUAUUACUUAAUAUACGAAUGCAAAAGCAAACACAAACACACAUUCUUGUAUAAGCACAUCAAUUUAGUUCAGGGCUGUCCAAACAGUGACCAAAAGGCCAAAAAAAGACCUAAAAAACAUUCAGCACUUAACUGUUGGCUCAUCGCAACCCUUGGAUCUUCCUGUCUAUAAUUCCUAACCAGCCAAAUCCCAUUCUGCCCCACAGGGCUAAAAGUUUUUGGGCAGCCCUGAUUCAGAUGAGUAUUUGUUAUCUUUUCAUUUACUUUUUAUUAAACAAGGGAAAAUAUAUAUAUAUAUUAAAGCAAUAAUACGAGUAAUAACAUUUUUGUGUACAUAAUGUAUGUGUAUUUUUUUUUUUUUUCUUCUUAAAUUACUAUUUGUGGGAUGGUGGAGUGCUCUUUCAUGCUGGAGGGGACAGGGUUGUUUGUUUCAGUGUCUUCACUUGGCUAAAUAUGUCUCUCUCAUACAAAAGAGAGGAAGAAUGAAACCUUUACAUAGUCACGCUGUUUGUAAUAUAAGCCUUCACAUAGUUUCAUAGCCAGAACUCGUGGUGAACUGAAUUGAUUUGACUCUGAUGAAUCUUGAAUAUUAUAUUGCCAUUUGUUAUGUUAGCUGUGCUUUCUUCACUUUUUCUUUGUCAAAUAUAAAAUUUGCUGCUGAUUUGUUAGUCAGGUGCUUUAUUCUGUAUGCUCACUCUCUUAGGUUUUGAAUUGAUUCCUUCAAUCUUAGCAGGCUCACAGGGCAUCUGGUGUUCCUGGAACACAAGCCAUUGUAGGAUAUUUGCCUCUCUGGGUAAUUUGUUUUAGUAGAUCUUCAGAAAUCAGCCUGCCAUGUUCAAACCAAGUGUUGUUUUCUGAAAAUUCCCACUUUACCAUAUGUGUUGUGUUGGACCAUUAAUAGCCACUGUUUCCACAGUGCAUGUUUUUUUAUAUAGCUCACAGUGGUCACUUCACAUGGUCUGUGAAGUCCAUAUUGGAAUUACUGGCCCUCUGAAACUGAAAAUGGAGUGUAUAAAAUCUGACUUCAAAGGUCCGCCCCUCCUCAAAUGACCACUAGAGGGCCACAAAGUCGCUGUCCUGUAGAUACUGAUAGUCACUGUGAGGUAUAAUUGAAAGUGAUUGGUCAUAAUCCAGAUAAGUAUUGUUAGUAAAUUUAGUUGUUUUAUUAAAUAAAAUAGUGUAUCCAGGGUGUAUCCUGCCUUCAGCCCGAUGACCGCUGGGAUAGGCUCCAGCACCCCCCCGCAACCCUGAGGGAGAAGCAGCUUAGAAAAUGGAUGGAUGGAUGGAUGGAUGUAUAUGUAUAUUGUUUACAGGUUUCUGCUCAUUUGUUUGGAAUCUGAAGUUGUACAGUACCAGAAUACAGUGAAGGGGACCCGAUUAUUCAGACCUGUUUUUGUUAUUAAAUGUACUUCCACACAUCCAUUUCAAAUUUACUCACAUCCAUACACAUUUUUCCCUACCAGUUAUGGCUUUUCAAACUUUAUGCUCACGCAUACAUCAUUUUUUGUUUGCAACUAUAAGCAUGUGUGUGUAAAUUUGAAGUGAAAAAUGCAGUGGGAGUAUAUUAGAUAACAGAAAUGUGUCUAAAUACUUUUUUCUCCCCAAUAUUGUUACAAACAUUUUAUACAUGUAUUCGCAACCAAUCUGAUUUCAUGUUAUUGAAAGCAUUGAUUCCAUGGUAGUGUACUUUUCACAUCUCGCAUACAUUUUCAUGUUUCAGAGGAAAGCCCUGAAAGAACUGCUUUCUGUCACUGGUGAUGAAUAUUAUUCUGUUUUAAUGAUUUCAACGAUUUAUGGCCUCUUUAUUCUUUCUAAUAGUCUUCCCCGUGCUUUGGCUAAGUAAGAUUAGUGUAUAUAUCCUUGUACACUUGUGCUUUCACUUAUCUAUAUCUGUCUUACAUUUGCCCACAAAAAUAGCUUAGUGCUCUGAUUUAGGUUUGACUGCAGAGGCUUUUUUUUUCUCAAAGCUUCACAUUACAGUUGAUUUAAGCACAGUGCUUAUGUUCAUGCAGACGUCUAUUAAACUAUCCAGAACUCACUCCCUGUACACCAUAAUGGUUUACCUUGUUUAGUCAGUGAUGAAUGACCUGCCUUCUCUUUCCCCUCCGUUUUGGCUCUCUACUCUGGGUAAUCAGGCUUGUUGGUUAAGAGUUGCUUUCCUUGCCCUUUUGCCCGUGUGUCUAAGUCCAUAUGUGUGCACAGACAUCACUGUAAUCAAUCUUUUCUUCAGAAGGUCUAGCUGAACUGCAGCAGGCAGACUCCAGCUAAAGACAGGAACUAUGCUCCAGCAAGAGGGGAAAUGGGUGUGUAAUCAGACGUUUGCUACUCCCUCAUGUUGAGUAACACACUCUCCAGUGAGACUGCCUGCAGUCCCAUCAAGAAUUCUACAGUUGGACUUAAGGUUGAGCCAAAUGUGCACAGGACUGUGCAAAGUGCAGGCCUAAAUCCUCAUACGCUUUCCUGAAACUUAAGCCCUCUCAGAUAGACUUGCUUAUUUCAUUUUUGACAUUGAGACCUCUACCUUCACUUUAAACACCUUAAUAAAUUUCAGAAAUAUUUA